AUGGUUGGGUUCUUAGCAGAUGAAGUGAAAUACUUCAGAAAGAACAAAAGUUCAACAAGGAUCAAAUUACCAGUCAAUCCAGGAACAGAAAAUUUAGAAGAUGAUGGUGUUGUUACAUCUAAAAUUAAAGCUUAUUUACCAAGUUAUGGGAAACCAUGGUUCAAAGUAUCUCAUUUAUUCCGUUUAAAUAUGAUUUUGUUAAUUAUCAAUUUAACUUCAACAAACACAGGUUAUGAUGGUUCAUUAUUAAACUCAUUCCAAUCUAUGCCAGAUUGGUCUCAUGCCAUGGCAAAACCAAAAGGUGCUAUUCUUGGUGCUAUGUCAAAUGGUGUUGUUUUCGGUUGUAUAUUGAGUAUUCCAAUAGCACCAUGGAUUUCUGAUCGUUUAGGUCGUCGUAAUGCUAUAACUAUUGGUAAUAUAAUUCAGUUUUUUGGUGCUAUUAUACAAUCAUGUGCUGGUACUUGGUUAACAGUUCGUGGUGAAUAUGAACAUAAUGAUCAUAGAACUUAUGCAAUGUUUUUAAUUGCUAGAAUUAUUUUGGGUUUUGGUAAUACCAUUUCCACUGUUGCUUCAGCUCCAUUAAUUUCAGAGUUGAGUUAUCCAACUCAUAGACAGCCAAUGACUGCUUUGUUCAAUGCUAAUUGGUAUUUAGGUGCUAUUGUUGCUGCUUGGGUUAGUUAUGGCUCUAGAAAUUUGGCACAUAAUUGGUCUUGGAGAGUUCCAUCAAUCAUGCAAGGGUUUUUCCCAGUUUUACAAACUUUGCUGAUUUAUUUAGUUCCUGAAUCUCCAAGAUGGCUUAUUUCUAAAGGUAGAUUAGAAGAAGCAAGAGAAGUUUUAUUGAAACAUCAUGGUGGUAAUGAUGAAAAAAUUGGAGGUCCUUUAGUUGAUUUUGAAUUAUCAGAAAUCCAAUUAGCUAUUGAACAAGAACAUGCAGCUAAAGUAAAUGAUUCCUAUAUGGCUUUUUUCAAAACUGCUGGUAAUAGAAAAAGAUUAUUCUUAAUUAUUUUCAUUGGAAUUUGUGCUCAACUAUGUGGUAAUGGAUUAGUUAGUUAUUAUUUGAACUUGGUUUUAAACUCAAUCGGUAUUACAUCAACAGAUCAACAAUUAGUUUUCAAUGGUGGAUUAAUGAUUUAUAACUAUGCCAUUUCAAUUGCCAUCAAUUUAACUGCAUUUCAACAUAUUAGAAGACGUACAACUUUCAUUGGUGCAUUUUCCUUUAUGCUUUUAACUUAUAUUAUUUGGACCGUCUUAUCAGCUAUUAAUCAACAAAGAAAUUUUGAAGAUACAGCUUUAGGUAAAGGUGUCAUGGCUAUGAUUUUCUUGUUUUACCUUGGUUAUAAUCUUGGAUGUAAUGGGUUACCUUACUUAUAUGUUACAGAGAUUAGUUCAUUUAGUUUAAGAACAAGAGGUGUCAGUAUCUUUGUAUGUGUUCAACAAAUCACAUUGGUUUAUAAUGGAUUUGUUAACCCAAUUGCUAUGGAAGCUAUCCAAUGGAAAUAUUACAUUGUUUAUUGUGUAUUAUUGACUGUGGAAUUAACUGUUAUUUACUUGACAUUUGCUGAAACAUCAGGUAGAACUUUAGAAGAAGUUGCUGAAGUGUUUGGUGAAAGUAUUGAUGAUUUCAAAUUUACAUCAGCUACUACUAGAGACUCAACAAAGAAGAACAUUGAAGCUGAUCAUAUUGAAGAAGUAGAUACUGUUAGUGUUCCAACUUCUGAUAGUUUUCAUAAACUUACUGUUUGA